AUGAAGUUGUCAACUGUGUUUGCCUCUUUAGCAUUAGCCGUUUCCGCACUGUGUGCCGAUACGAAAGAAAAGCCGGAUAUCGUGAAGGGCAACUUCAAGCCAACGGCAGAAAAACCGUUCGAUCUCAGAGUGGAGUACUUGAUCAAAGAUAAACAAGAGGUGCCAUCUGCCAUUGUCGACAUCGAGAACGGAGAAACCAUCAGUUUGAACUACAAAUUCUACAACGGUGAGGACGAAGAAUGUACAGUUUUGGGCGUUGGCGGAAAGUUGAUCUCUCCUGUCACCGGCGACGUGUUAUAUAACAUCACCGCUUCCAACAUUGGUCCUCUUUCUGUGGCCAGCCAGGACAUUGUGGAGUUUUCCCAAAACAUCGGAAUCGACCUCAACCCAGACUCGUACCUCGUUGUUCCUUCUAUCUACGUUGUUUUCAAAGAGCAACUCAUGAUGCUCGGUUCUAGAAACCAGCUCAUUCAGGUGGACGAUCCAAAAAUCUCCAUCUUCAACCCAAAACUGCUUGUCUUGGAAGCCGUUUUGGUGUCCUCGCUUGUUGGUGUGGCCUACCUGCUUUACUCCCUGUUCGGAGCCAACUAUUUCGGAACCGUGAAGAAGGACGCUAAAAAACAAAAACUCCCGGCAGACAAGCCUUCCAAAAAACAGGCUCCCCAGAAAGUCGACGAGUCCUGGCUCCCAGAGACCCACUUGAAAACCAAACGCAGAACUGCCAAGAAGAAUUAG